AUGCAACAAUGGUACAAACUGGUCCAUGAUUCAGACCAGAGCAAACGAUCUACAGGACCUGAACGGACUGUUACGUUAAGGGACCUCUGUAAUGAUAUCAAGAAUAUUAACAAUGAGAGGAUCGGGUCGGACGGCAGCUGUCAGAAGGUGCAAACAGACAAACCAGACCCUUCGAUCGACUGCCCUAAGGCAAAGGAAAGAUGUGGUGUCCUGAGAAAAGACCCUUUCACCAGCUGCCACGCGCUCAUAGCGCCAGACAGUUACAUAAAAGUCUGUGAAGAAACUUUGUGUUCAUAUCCUUCGGUUGACAAUCUGCCCUGUCAUUACCUGGAGGCCUAUGCCAGAGCUUGCAGCCUGAGGGGCGGCCCUGAACUGAGUGGCUGGGGGAAAAAGUCCAACUGCCCCACCACCCAUGAGGCCUUCUGUCAGGACAAGUUCUGUGCUUCUCACGAGUUAUGUGGUGAGACGGUGGCUAAUGGCUUGGAUUGCUUAUGUCGGCCUGGUUUCGCAGCCCCGUACAGACAAAAAAAAACUUUCGGGGAUGCCACCACCUGCUAUAGGAACUCUGCUUCAGUUUCUCUAAUAAACUGUCUCCUGAAGGAAAAAGGCUUCGACUACACAACCUUACACCUCAAAGACCCAAAAUGCAUUGGUGAAUUGCAAGACGGCAUGGUGACCUUCAGUUUCAACAACACUGAAAUGUGCAAGGCAGAGGUCAUGGAUAGCGAUACACAGGUUAUCUACACGAACACCAUUUCUUCAUCAGAAAGCAACGACCCGAUUAUCCGUCAGGACGAAAUAGCACUUAAAUUUUCUUGCAGCUAUGCUCAGCCACCAAUCAAGACUAUGUCUUUCAAGAUCCAGAGCAGCUCUGUGGUAUCAGAGAUUAAAUCUGGAAUUUGGCAGUACAAUCUGAUCAUGAAGGCCUACAGCGAUGCUGGCCUCCAACAAACUACAACGUCGGUUACAUUGAACCAGAAGAUUUGGGUGGAGUUGAAGACUGCAGGACUGGAUAGUAAUUUGGUUGCCGUGGUGAUUGACUCCUGCUGGGCAAACAAAAACAAAGAAUCUGAUAAGUUACCGAAAUACGACCUGAUCAGAACAGGCUGUGCAAACCCCAAAGACAAGUCAGUGAAAAUAAAGGGAAACGGUGAAGGAACGUCCAGCGUCUUGUCCUUCAACAUGUUCCAGUUCGCCAAGAGCAAUGGUGACGUCUUCCUGCAUUGCAAAGUCAACCUGUGUGGCAAAAAGGACAAGAGCUGUGCCCCGGUAUGUACAUCAAAACGUCGCAGAUCUGCCAGGAAUAUGUACCUAGGAGCCCCAGCCUUGAUCACCAUGGCGUGGACCAGUUAGGUUGUUUUCACUGCGACUUGGACAGACUCAAAGGCUCACGACUGUGAUUCGGUCUCCGUCCAGAGUGUGGGUCAAAAUCCUACGCUGGGGAUCAAAGAGCUCAGUUCUCACAAGAAUCUUUCUUUUGAUUUUACUGUAUACUGAAUUUAUCACUGAAAGAAAGAAUGUGCAACAUUUUACUCAUAAAUAAGCAGAAAUCAAGUCUCCCCUGGUUAAAUGUGUCUCUGAGUCAUGACUGUCUACAAUGAGGGAGAAGCUCGAGUCCCGCUGGCUGUGUUGUUGUCAGAGCCGUGUUUACAUGGACGGGACGGCCGGCUCCUCCCCUUGUGUAUAAAAGCUGUUUUAGUCAAGAACUAGAGUCAUUCUGUGUCAAUUUACAUGGGAAGGUAAGAGCUAACUAAAGAGUGCUAACAUUAGCAUGCUAACACAACGAUGCAGCUCGAGACAAGGACAAUUUUGUCUGCUGCUUGCGCUUAGUGCUUCAUUAUGGUGCUUUCCUAUUUGAUAACGCCUUCGUGUUAACCAGAAUGGAGGGGUGUUGGAGGUGUGUCUCUGGAGGAGAGCGGAGGCUUCAGUAUGGAGGAGGCGUGGCCUAACAGAAGUUUGUUUUGGUUUCAUACUGGUGCUCAAGGACGACAUCUACUGGAUCAAAAAGUCGCACAUUCUUUCUUUAACAUGAUGUCUGUUCAGAGGAACAUUGUUAAUACAGAGCAAAACCAUCUAAAAUGGGAAAUAAUGACCAAAUCUGUGCAUCGUCAUAAACCGUUGAAUUAUAUUCCAACUCUGUCAAAACUAAUGCCUUAUGAUACUGACUUAAAUUUGUGGUGUUUCUAUCUUUCUUGUCUUUCCAUUGUAAGCAUACAAAAGAUUUAAAAAAAUAAAUAAAAAAAGGGUGUGGGAAAAAAAAAA